UGCACAUAUUUGUUUACUUCGGUUUCCGAAGCUGCUAAGCCGGAGCUCGAAAUCAGUAGUUUGUAUAAGAGUUGAGAAAUCUUUAGAUCUGUGAACUUUUCUUCUUUGACUUCAAUUCAUGUGCUCGAUUUUGUUUUAAUCUUAAAGUAUACUCAAUGUAGUCAAGUAAGGGGUGAAUUAGAGGCAAAUAUAAAGAAAUCUCUUUUUGGAAUAUUUAUUGGUAGAUGAGAGAUUGAGGUAUCGACGAUUGUAAUUUCUGAUAAAAACAAACUCAAAAACUGAGGAUGUUCACGGUAAUAAUUGUUUUGGAAUAGCUUUGACAUGUUGUAGAAAUAUGUUCUUGUGCUUAAUGUUCUGAAGUACGAUCGAAGAGAAGAAUGUUUUAGAAGUAGAACUACCGGUGUAAUAUUUUUUUUUCCCGCUGAAAUUUGUCCGUGAAUGAGGCAUGGUUGCUCGUCCAGGUCUUUCUGACAUCGUUUAAUAAUGUACUAGUUUUCAGUACCUGCUCUAGUAUGGGAUCCAGCUUGGAGCUCAGAAAGAGCUCAAGCCACGGACAUAAUUCAAGGGCUGGGAAGGUGGGGGCCCUCCUCCCUCAACCAAAGCGGUGUCCAUGUCCAACAGUACCAGAACAGUUUAAGAUGAAAAGUUCUGUUCGACCGCGUAGUGAUUUGUAUUGUAUAUCAACGAAGGGGACCAAUAUUGCUCGGGAAAAAUCUUCCAGAUACUGGCAGGGUAAGAGAGUCGAAGGGAGUCCAAUUGGAGAGGACGAACUUGUUAGGUAUAUGUCAAACUUGCCAGGUUAUCUCCUUCGUCCAGAGAGAGGAGAAAAUCUCCAAGAGAAGGCUUUGAGUGUUGGGGUUCUAGAUUGGACACGGCUUGAGAAUUGGAAACACAAACAGGUGCGUUGCCCGACCAAAGGUAAAGAUGGGGCACUGUGCAUUGGGAAUCAUUUAUCAUUAAAACAGACUACUGGACUGUCAACUUUCCCUCGUGUAAAUCAGAGUGAAACAUCAGAUAAAGCACACUCUUCACGUCAGUCUGGUUUGAUCUCAUCACAUAAGGAGAAGGGUGCUCAUUGUGACACCUCUGUUCGGAAUGCCAAUCAGUCCCAAGAUUUUGAAAGUGGUUCAAUGAGUGCAAUGAAGGUGAGGCAAAAAAUACAAAGGAAUUGCGCAUCAUCCUCAUCAGGGGGAAAUGUUUCCAACAUGAUGCAAGAAAGAGAAAGAACAAAGCAUUCGGAUCGGACGCUGAGUUUAGAAAUGGUGGAUUCUAAUUGUACAUCAUCCUCAACAGGUGGAAAUGUUUCCAACAUGAUGCCAGAAAGAGAAAGAACGAAGCGUUCAGAUCGGAGGUUCAAUUUAGAAAUGGUGGAUUCUUCUUCUCAUGUUAGACAUUCAGGAACCUUACCUUGUCCUAAAGGAAGUGCACGUAUUUUAGGUUGUAAAAUGAAUCAUAGAACGGAGAAGCCGGGUGAAAUAAAUAUCCAGAAAAAAGAAGCAGACGAGAGGAUGGUUUUAGGAAAAGGAGAGAUACCACCAAAAUUGAGUUAUGACAUAUCACUUGGUUUGAACGAUCAUAUGAAAGUUGAAAACUAUGAAACAAAGAAGAGAGGGGGAAUUAAAUGCUCAGAUAUUAAUCUCCCUUACAAUUAUUUCACAUACAAGCAAGAUACCAAGUUCCUACUAAAACAGAAGCCAGACGAUUUAGAGGAUGGAUUUCACACCUUGAAUACCAGAGCAUCAUUUGACGAGAAUAUGACAGACGUUAAUUCGUGUAGUUAUUCAGAAAUAUUUUCUCCCGAGGAUAUUCUAUCCUCUGAAUGCGGUUCUGAUAUUCCCUUCUCAAGUCCAUUGCCUUCUUUAGCUGACAUUGAUCCUUUGAUGGGCAGAACGCAAGAUUCUCUGGUCUGUGAUACUAGUGCAGAAAUUUCAUGUACUUCAUUCCAAUUGUCCCCUUUCUCGAAUCAGAAGCCAAGUUUGAGACCUUCUGGAGGUAAACAAAUAGAAAAAAGAGACUUGGAUAUUAAGCUUACCCAUUCCGACCUUGUUGAUACUCUUGAGACAUUGGAUGAUAAAACCCCUGAUCCAGGAGCUAGAAAAGGUAGGCAUCCUUCACCAAUUCGUCGUUUGAGCUUCAGUUUAGGACGAAUGGGGAGAAGUUUCAGUUUUAAGGAAAGCUCGACUUUACCGCAGUUAAAUUCCACAUAUACUUGUCCAAAAUCUGGUCCAGUGAUUUCUGAAAGCUCUGGUUGCUCAGAUAAUUCAGAUAGAAAGAAGGUGAAUGGACAUAACAGAACUCGGUCAAGUCCUUUAAGAAGGUGGAUAGAGCCAAUACUGAAGCAUAAAUCCUCAAAUCCUCAACAUCCUAUAGAAGGAAACGUCAACUCAUUAGGCCUUUGGCCAACCAGUCUUGGCGGCGCUCAUGAAAAGAAGCAUGAUGAAUCACCAAUGCAGGCCCUUUUACAGUUUACGAUAAAGAAUGGUUUUCCCUUGUUUAAAUUAUUGGUGGAUAAUAAUAGAAAUGUCCUUGCAGCCACAGCUAGAGACUUAACCCCGUCUGGGAAGAAUGGAUCCGGGCAGAGCUAUACAUUCUACCUAGUUAAUGAAAUAAAAAGAAAGACUAGUGGUUGGAUACGACCAGGGAAUAGGGAUAGAAGUUAUGGCUAUGCCUACAAUGUCAUUGGACAGAUGAAAGUGAAUUCUGAUUAUAAAACAAAUGAACACAGCAAUGGUAAAUACACGUUAAGAGAAUUGAUUUUGUUUGGUGUUGAGAUGAGACCAGGAGAUCGAGAAUCGGCAAUCAUGGUGAAACAUAGAGAACUUGCAGCCAUUGUUUUAAAGAUUCCCACCGAAAACAAACACGAUGGACAAUGGAAUGGUAACGUUUUGAUAGAGAACUAUAUGGAGUCUUUGUCAGAGGAUAAUGCUGUAGUAAUACUUCCAGGUGCUGCUCAUGGGUCACCAAGCAGCGGAGAGCCUUCGCCAUUGAUCAAUAGGUGGAGAUCUGGCGGAGUUUGUGACUGUGGUGGUUGGGAUGAAGGUUGCAAACUGCGUAUACUUUCCAUUCCGAAAAAACGAAUUACAUCCAAGGCGUGUCCUAUCUCCAAGUGCCUUGAACUUUUCGUUCAGGGUGAUGAACAAGAUAAACCCGUCUUCAGCAUGGUACCCUUGAAGGGUGGGUUCUUUGAGGUUCGUUUCGAUUCAUCAAUCUCUAUGUUACAGGCGUUUUUCAUAUGUGUCGCAGUUUUAAAUGGUCAGAAUCCAGCAGAUCCCUCAGAAGCAAGCAAAUUUGCACCUGAGGGAACAAUGAUCAAGGAUCCCGAUUCUAAUGGAAUUAAUAUUGUACGUGAAAAGCAGCCUGCUAGUAUUAGAUAUGCCCCAAACCCACCCCUCUCUCCCGUUGGAAGAGUCUAAUCUCUGGUUUUUGUUCUUAUCAAGCAACUGAAGAUUCUUCCUUUUCAAUGGAGCUUACUAUUAUUCUCUCAUCCUCGUUUUGAAGAGUCUGUAUUGGCUUUAGACAAGUGGCCAAGUAAUUUUGCACUGGCUGGUAUCACCAUACCCAUCACCAUCUAUGUAUAAAGAAAACAACCUGAGCAAUAUAUAUAGUGAAGAAAUUAGACACUAUUCUAAAA